UGUCGAGAGGAAGCUUCAGCCAAAGGCCAUGUUAUUUAUGAAGGCAAAAGUGGGCAUAUUUUAUCUUAUGAUACUAUUAAAAAUGUUCGUGAAGGAACAAGGAGUCCAAGAACUGCUCAUGAAAUUGGUUUAAAGAGGAGCUAUGAUACAAUGGAAGGAAAUAUAAAGCAAGGAAUGUCAAUGCGGGAGUCUCCGGUGUCUGCACCACUGGAAGGUUUAAUAUGCCGUGCACUGCCUAGAGGUAGCCCACAUGCUGAACUGAAAGAGAGAACAGUGUUGUCUGGCUCUAUAAUGCAAGGCACACCAAGAGCAACAACUGAAAGUUUUGAAGAAGGCUUGAAAUACCCUAAACAGAUUAAGAGAGAGUCACCUCCCAUAAGGACAUUUGAAGGAGCCAUUACUAAGGGGAAACCGUAUGAUGGAGUCACUACUAUAAAAGAAAUGGGUCGUUCCAUCCAUGAAAUCCCAAGACAGGACCUAUUAAGCCAGGAGAGUCGCAAGACUCCUGAAAUGGUGCAGACAACCAGGCCAAUCAUAGAAGGCUCCAUAUCUCAGGGCACACCCAUAAAAUAUGAAAGCAACUCUGGCCAGUCUGCCAUCAAACACAAUGUAAAAUCUUUAAUUACUGGACCAAGCAAGCUACCCCGUGGAAUGCCUCAGCUGGAAAUGGUGCCAGAAAACGUGAAGGUGGUGGAGCGAGGAAAAUAUGAAGAUGUGAAGACCGGGGAUGCAGUCCGUUCCCGUCACACGUCAGUAGUCAGCUCUGGUCCCUCUGUUCUCAGGUCAACUCUUCAUGAAACUCCCAAAUCACAGCUGAGCCCUGGGAUUUAUGAUGAUACCAAUGCUCGGAGGACACCUGUGAACUAUCAGAGUCCAAUGUCCAGGAGUUCACCUAUGAUGAAUAGAGUUAGUGAGGCUGGAAUAUCUUCUGGGAAGCCAGCAAAUCACGAAAGGAAAAACACACUUACUCCAACACAGAGGGAAAGCGUGCCAGCAAAAUCUCCAGUCCCAGGGGUUGAUCCUGUAGUGACUCACAGUCCUUUUGACCCUCAUCACAGAGGAGCAACUCCUGAAGUCUACAGGAGUCACCUCCCUCCUCAUUUAGAUCCUGCUAUGCCAUUUCACAGGGCUCUGGAUCCUGCUGCUGCUGCUUACCUGUUCCAAAGGCAGCUCUCACCCACCCCAGGCUACCCAAGUCAGUAUCAGCUUUAUGCAAUGGAGAAUACACGACAGACAAUCCUAAAUGACUACAUUACCUCACAGCAGAUGCAAGUCAAUUUACGUCCUGAUGUAACAAGAGGAUUAUCUCCUAGAGAGCAAACUUUAGCUCUCCCGUAUGCAGGAGCAAGAGGAAUUAUUGACCUGAACAAUAUGGCUCCCACUAUCUUAGUGCCUCAUCCUGGAGGAACAAGCACACCACCCAUGGAGAGAAUCACUUAUAUCCCUGGUACCCAGCUUACAUUCCCUCCCAGGCCUUACAAUCCUGCUUCUCUGUCACCAGGACACCCUACACACCUGGCAGCUUCUGCAGCUGCAAAUGCUGAAAGGGAACGGGAAAGGGAGAGGGAGAAGGAACGGGAAAGGGAGAGGGAACGUGAGCGAGAGCGAGAAAGAGAACGAGAAAGAGAGAGGGAGAGAAUGGAACUUUAUCUUCGACCAGGUACAGAGCAGCCUGGCAGACCUGGCAGUCAUGGAUAUGUUCGAUCCCCAUCCCCUUCAGUUAGAAGCCAGGAAAACAUUCUGCAGCAAAGGCCCAGUAUUUUUCAAGGAACCAACGGGACAAGUGUAAUCACACCUUUGGAUCCUGCUGCUCAGCUACGUAUCAUGCAGCUCACCCCUGGAGCUCCCUCUAUUACUCAAGGUUUGCCAGCUUCCCGUUACAAUACUGCUGCUGAUGCCCUUGCAGCACUAGUAGAUGCUGCAGCCUCUGCUCCUCAGAUGGAAGUUGCCAAAGCAAAAGAGAACAAGCACGAAGGAACCAGGAUAGAAGAGAAUAUGGGACGCCGGUCAGCUGUGGUUACUGAACAGCAGCAGAUGGAACAGAAGACACUGGAGGUAGAAAAGAGGCCAGUCCAGUGCCCCUAUACAUCUGCAAAUUUUUCUGGUGGCAAGUCCCAGGGACAGUCUUCAUCAGUAGUCUAUUCAGAGGCUGGUAAAGAGAAAGGACCUCCUCCUAAAUCCAGGUACGAGGAAGAGCUGAGAACUCGAGGAAAGACCACAAUUACUGCUGCUAACUUCAUAGAUGUGAUCAUCACUCGGCAGAUUGCUUCAGACAAGGAUGCACGAGAUAGGGGCUCUCAAAGUUCAGAUUCUUCCAGUAGUUUAUCCUCCCACCGGUAUGAAGCUCCUGGUGAUGCCAUUGAGGUGAUUAGCCCUGCAAAUUCACCUGUACCUACUCAAGAAAAGCUACAGCCCUAUCAACAAGAGACACCUAAACCAAGCCAGGCAGAGAAUGACCCAAACAGGCAAUAUGAGGGGCCGAUUCACCGCUAUAGGACACAACAGGAACCCCCUUCACCCCAACAACCUCCACCUCCCUCUUCCCAAGCAGAAGGGAUGGCACAUGUGCCCAGGACCCAUCGACUUAUCACCCUUGCUGAUCACAUCUGUCAAAUUAUUACACAAGACUUUGCUAGAAACCAAGCAGCUUCUCAGGCGUCUUUGCAGCCUCCCACCACUACAUUCCAGAAUUCCACCCCUGCUCCAACACCUGUUUCUACCCGGGCAAAGACAUCAAAUCGCUACAGCCCUGAGUCCCAGUCGCAGUCUGUCCACCAUCAGCGGCCAGGUGCUAGAGUGUCACCUGAAAAUCUGUCUGACAAGUCCAGGGGAAGACCUGGAAAAUCUCCAGAGAGGAGUCAUGUCUCUUCAGAGCCCUAUGAGCCAAUAUCACCACCUCAGGUCCCGGUUGUGCAUGAGAAACAGGAAAAUGUUCUUUUGCUUUCCCAAAGAACUGAGCCUACUGAACAGAGGACUGACUCUCGCUCUCCGGGUAGUAUAAGCUACUUGCCUUCAUUUUUCACCAAACUUGAGAACACUUCGCCAAUGGUAAAAUCCAAGAAACAGGAGAUAUUUCGAAAGCUGAACUCAUCUGGUGGAGGUGACUCUGACAUGGCAACUGCUCAGCCAGGGACUGAAAUAUUCAAUUUGCCAGCAGUCACUACCUCAGGUGCAGUCAGUUCUAGGGGUCAUUCCUUUGCAGAUCCUGCCAGUAAUCUGGGUCUGGAAGACAUUAUUAGGAAAGCAUUGAUGGGAAACUUUGAUGACAAGAGUGAGGAGCAUGGAGUUGUAAUGUCACAAUCUAUUGCGGUAGCACCUGGCAGUUCCAGUGCUGCAGUAUCAGCAAGUAAUGAGACACGUAGGGAAGAAGCUAAUCCAUCACCAAAUUCAGGAGGGGGAGUCAGCAAGCAGAAGCUCAUCAGCAAGUCGAAUAGUAGGAAGUCUAAGUCUCCAAUUCCUGGACAGGGAUAUUUGGGAACCGAAAGACCUUCUUCUGUUUCAUCUGUACAUUCAGAAGGGGACUACCACAGACAGACUCCAGUGUGGGCCUGGGAAGAUAGGCCUUCAUCAACAGGUUCAACACAGUUUCCGUACAACCCGUUGACGAUGAGGAUGCUCAGCAGUACACCGCCAACAUCCAUUGCGUGUGCCCCACCGUCCAUGAGCCAAGCAACCACUCACCAACAGAACAGGAUAUGGGAGCGAGAGCCUGCACCACUGCUUUCAGCACAAUAUGAGACUCUGUCUGACAGUGACGACUGAACUAUGCAGUUUUUUGGUUGUUUGUUUUUGUUUUGUUGGGUUUUUUUAAUUUGCGGGUCAAAAAAAGAAAUCUAUUUUUGACUUGUGCCCAUAGAGACUUUCCAAGAGAGCAAGGGCCACACAAUGAAGAAUUGAUGGAGAAUCCGUUAAAUGCCUUCUGCACAGGCCAUGUGUUGGAGGAUUGUGAUCAAGAAGGUUGACUUACUAAAGAUAAAUAUGUAAAGAGUUUUUAAAAAUGUGGACUAUUCCUGUUCUACAUCUAUUUGUAAAGAAAACCAUAAUGUCUUUAAAUCAUUUUUCUGUAAAUAGAGAGUACUUUUUGCAGUGUUUUUUCCCUUGCUAUAGUAUCUGGUGUACUUAUGUUCAGAUCAUUGCCUAAACUUUGGGGGUCAUUUUGUAACUUUUUUUUUUUUUUAAGCAUUUUCUCCAGUGUAGAGUACUCUUCAUAACCCUAGCCUCCCUACAAACCUAGCCUAACCAUAACCCUAGCCUCCCAACCAGCCUAGCGUCAUUGCCCAUUUAAUGCUGUGCCACUUCUUGCAGGCAUUGUGCUUUUAUAUAAUUUUUUUUCCCUAGACACACUUUCUCAGUGGUGUUCAAGCUCUUGUGAAAAUGUUGAUUUUUAAGACUGACCCCUUAAUGAAUUCUGUACAUUAACAUAGUCCGGUUCGCUGGAAUAAGAUGAUAUAUUUCUUUG